AUGACGGCAACAGAACACGGUAUGGCUACAGCGAGGGAAACGGCACCUGCCUUGCAGGUUAUUGUUCUGGGAUCCGGUGGUGGGCCAAUUGAGCACAAUACCACGGCCUUGCUUGUGCGUUCAGUAGCCUCGGGCUGGCACCGAGGCUCUAUCAUAGCAGUCGAUGCUGGAGUCCAUCUUGGUGCCAUAGCCCGUGUUCUUGAAUCGACACAACCUAAAGGGCUUGGUACUGACAUACCCCUUCCCCAUGUUCUAACGUCUGGGCCGUUCACCGGGCUUGAAGUCCAGAGUUCCUGUCCAAAUACAAACGCCGCAUACAUUACCCAAAGCCUCAUUGACACGUAUCUCAUCACCCACCCCCACCUUGACCACAUCAGCGGCUUUGUCGUCAACACAGCAGGCUUCCCCGGGACAAGGCCGAAGCGGUUAGCCGGUCAACCAAGCACCAUCCACGCGUUCAAAACCCACAUCUUCAACAAUGUCAUAUGGCCCAACCUAUCGGACGAGAACAACGGUGCCGGGCUAGUCACCUACAUGCGGCUGGUGGAAGGCGGCAGUCCUGCCCUGGGCGAGGGCGAGGAGAAGGGCUACGUGGAGAUCAGCGAUGGCCUUGCCGUAAAAUGUGGAGCGAGCCUCCUCAACGCAUCCGCGGUAACCGCCGCUACUCCACAGAACCUCGGCAGCGACCCCACCGCGAGACUGUGUGUUUAUGACAGCAGCGCCUAUUUCGUCCGCGAUGUGGUAACCGGCAAUGAAGUCCUCAUCUUCGGCGACGUUGAACCCGAUUCCGUCUCCCUAUCGCCGCGGAAUCUCCGCGUUUGGCGCGAGGCUGCCCCCAAGAUUGCCGCCGGGACCCUCUCCGGAGUCUUCAUCGAGAAGCGCAAGAGAAGCAUUGGCCACCCGGGACGUGAACGGGAUGGCGAAGCACCAAGCGACGUCGCCGAAGCCGGACUGACUGUCAGACGCAAAGUGUACGAGGAGCCCAUUAGCCCCAAAAGCCUCAGACCUUUGCCCCCGUCGGCCAUCUCAGCCGCCCACCGCCCCGACAUUAACGGCGUCGACAACGUUGACAACGGAAGCACCUCAUUAGCGCCGGGAAGCCAGCGCAUGGCCACGCCCAGCCCCGAUAUUUCCGGCGACGACAACGACCGCUGCAACAAUCGCGGCCAUGACCACGGCGACCACGGCGACCACGGCGACCACGAUGACCACGACGAUAGGCCCAACGGUCAUGCGGCUGCGCCAGCGGGAGAGAGCAAAGCACUGCCGCUUCAAGGCCUGCGCGUCGUCAUCAUUCAUGUUAAGGACAAGCUUUUAGAUGGUUUCGUGCCGGGCGAGCGGAUAUUAAAAGAGCUACGCGAGGAGGAGGAGAUUGAGAAACUAGGCUGCGAAUUCAUCAUCUCCAGCGUGGGCCAAAGCCUCUUUUUCUAA